CGCCAGAUUCAAAAGUUACGUCCGAUUUCAAAAAGAAAAUUUUGGAUUCUUUUCGCUUUCUGUUUUGUGUGUGGUCUCAAAGUUUUUCCCAAAAACAUUUUUACGUCUUAAUCUGUGCUGCUAUUUAUCGACCCCAUUGAUUGUGCGUGUAGAUAGACUAUUGUACAAGCAAAAGUGGAAAGUUCUGGUGGGUUUUCAUUGGGAAAUGGAUGUAGCCAAAUCUCUGUUCGGUGCCCGAGAUCACGAAGGCUAUGUUGGCAAAGAUGAACAUAUGAAAAAGCUUGAAACGGCGAUAUCAGAAGACGACGGCGAUUUGGUGGAGCUUACGGAGAGUCUACACAUUGCGGAUGAGAGCCUUCGGCCGAUUGCAGGAGGUCCCUUUUCGGCCCUUACCCCUUCAAUGUGGCCGCAAGACAUCUUAGCCAAAUUGGGUCAGCCAGAAAAGGAUGAGCCUCCUAAUCACCAACCCGAUUACAGAUUUGACGAGUUUGGUUUCCGUGUGGAAGAAGAAGAUGGGCCGGAACAAAAUUCCAACAAACUGCUCAGUAUUCCUUUUAUGGAAGAUCCGGCCCAACGGCUGCAAUGGAUUGCCCAUCUGGAAUUUUCUCACAAUAAAGAAGCCACCGAGCUCACGUGGGACAAUGUUGAUGUUGUUUUGCCGAGAACCGAAAAGCUUAAGAAUAUGGUCCGGUCUGGCAUUCCUCACUCCUUGCGUCCCCAGAUGUGGAUGCGAAUGUCCGGAGCUCUGCAGAAGAAACUAAAGUCGGAAACGUCGUACCAGGACAUCGUGAAGGCAUCGUCUAAUGACGCUCUGAUGACCUCCAAACAAAUCGAGAAGGAUUUGUUGAGAAUCAUGCCUACGAACGCUUGUUUCAGCUCAAUGAACAGCACCGGUGUUCCUAGGCUACGCCGAAUAUUGCGAGGCAUUGCUUGGCUGUACCCGGACAUUGGCUACUGUCAGGGUACGGGAGUUAUUGCUGCUUCACUUUUACUGCUCCAGGAAGAAGAAGAUGCAUUUUGGAUGAUGGCUACCAUCGUUGAAGAUUUGUUACCCGCAUCAUACUACUCCUCUACUUUGCUCGGUAUCCAAGCGGACCAAAAGGUCAUGCAAACAUUGAUCGGCAACUAUCUAACGGUGGUGGACGAGACAUUGAAAAGCCAUGACAUUGAACUAUCACUAAUCACGCUGCACUGGUUUCUCACCUUGUUCGCUAGUGUGGUUCACAUGAAGAUCUUGCUAAGAAUAUGGGACUGGUUCUUUUACGAUGGUUCGAUUGUACUGUUUCAAUUAACUCUGGGAAUGCUAAAAAUUAAAGAAUCCUCAAUGAAAAAUCUUGAAAAUUCAGCUCAAAUUUUCAAUUCACUAUCGGACAUACCCGGAGACAUCGACGAUGUAGAGCAUCUGUUUUCGAUUUCGAUGGAAGUGGGCGGUUCUCUUUCGCCUAUGGUCAUUGAGACACACCGUAGGCGCCAUUUGGCAUAUUUGAUGGCUGAUCAGGGAGGGCUUGUAGGAAAUCCGGAAGCCGCCUCGAACUUACCCAAACAACAUUUGGCUCGUCGACAGAUGAAAAAAUCCAAAUCAAUGCUGCAAAUGAUUUUGUUUGGCAACGAUGGUGUCGAUGAUGAUCUGAAGAACAAAAACAUAAGGCAAACGGAAAUAUUGGUAGACUUGCGGGAAGCUAUUUCUAAAGUAGCUCGACAUUUUUUAACCAUCGAACCAAAGCUCAGCGCUCACAUAAAGCUGAUUCCUGACUACAGUAUGGACAGCCAUGCGAAAGAUCACGAGAACUACAUUAACGUAUCGAGAACUCGUAGCCGCCGUGCUAAGGCUUUGCAUGAUUUUGAACGUCAUGACGAUGAUGAAUUGGGUUUCCGUAAGAACGACAUCAUUACGAUUAUAAGUCAGAAAGAUGAACACUGCUGGGUUGGUGAAUUAAAUGGAUUACGUGGUUGGUUUCCUGCUAAGUUUGUCGAACUGCUGGAUGAAAGAAGCAAGCAGUAUAGCUGUGCCGGUGAUGACGCUAUUUCGGAAACGGUUACCGAUCUUGUGCGAGGCACAUUAGCACCAACUAUCAAGCAGGUUCUAGAACAUGGCAUGAAGCGUCCCUCGUUUCUCGGUGGCCCAUGUCACCCGUGGCUAUUCAUUGAAGAGGCAGCAACUCGGGAGGUAGAAAAAGAUUUUGAAUCAGUCUACUCACGAUUGGUUCUGUGCAAAACGUAUCGACUCGAUGAAGAUGGUAAGGUUCUUACACCCGAAGAACUCUUGUACCGUUGCGUUCAGGCAGUCAAUCAAGGACACGAUGCAGCCCACGCCCAAAUGGAUGUCAAACUACGAUCUCUUAUUUGUCUAGGUUUGAACGAACAGGUGCUUCAUUUGUGGAUGGAAGUGCUGUGCAGUUGCACGGAAAUUGUCCACAAAUGGUAUCAACCGUGGAGCUUCAUCUAUUCCCCCGGAUGGGUGCAAAUAAAGUGUGAACUGCGUCUUCUGUCGCAGUUUGCAUUCAACCUCAACCCGGACUGGGAAUUGCCGGCCAAACGAGAGGCCACUCAAAGUCAACCCUUGAAAGACGGUGUGCGCGACAUGCUAGUCAAGCAUCAUCUGUUCUCUUGGGAUCUCUAGAAAUUGUAUAAAAUAGCUAGCUAAACAAAGUUUUGUUUUUUUUUUUGUUUGCAUAGAUUUUAUUUAUUACGAAUAUGUGUGUUUUAACCAUCCGUGAACUUUGUUAUGUAUUGUAUGUUGUUUAAAGCUUUUUAUGUUUUUUUUUUUAAUUUAAAUCUUUAACGCACAGUUGCAAAACUGAUAUCAACUACUCGUACCUAUUAGACAAAAUAUUCAGUCGUACUAAAGAAGUUUUAAAGUUUGCAUUCCUCGUUUUUUACAAACAGUAUCUGCAAGUGUAGCAUUUUAACGCUGGGUUCUAAAAUAUGUGUUCUCCAAAAUAUAUAUGUAUGUAAUAAUGAAACUGGAAGAUUAUGAUUAAAUACCCAUCAACAAUAAAGAAAU